AUGGCAACCAACUAUGCAACCCAGACAUUUACCAUUCCCGAACAGCAACUCUACGCCAGUCAACAACCUUCUCCAGCCAGUUCAGCGUCGCCCGCCUCCCCAAGAAUGCAUGAAUAUCUCCAACAGGUGGCUCCCAAUCCAUACAAGCAAUUAAGACCUAUGAAAUCCCCUCUAUAUGUCCCUGCAGCUCUAAGACCCACCGAACAUUUCUCAACUACAUCCCCCAUGACACCGCCCAAGAGCCUUCAUGGGUCGCUUGACAACCUAGAGGAUGAACCUGUUUCACAGAGUCCAGAGGAGCAUCAUUUGGCUGGAUUUAAUCCAGACUGGUUACAAGCUGAAGAACUGAAUGAUGUGACUGGACCACCAAAGAAGGACCAUUGGAAGCCUGACGAAGCUUCACCGACUUGCGACUCUCCUCAAUGUCGCUCCUCGUUCAACCUAUUUGUUCGCAAACAUCAUUGUCGUCACUGUGGGCACAUAUUCUGCUCCACCCAUACCACAUAUACUAUCCCUCUGGACCAAGAUGCUAAAUUCCACCCUGACGGCAUAAAUUCCAGGGCAUGCGAAACAUGUCAUCGACAAUAUCAGAAGUGGGAUACCGCAAGAUCUAUCCGUCGCAAGAACAGCCAGAACAGCAAAGAUGAUGGCGGUGAGAGUGGUCCUCCAACACCUCUGGCCGGUCCUCCUGGUCAUCGGAGGUUGAUUUCGGGCGGCUUCCGAGGAGGAAAGCCUGUCGAGCAGGUCGCCAACAGCGUUCCCAAAGACUGGCACUGGAGCACCUUUUGA